AUCCAAAAUUCGCAUUUCGCUGUCGACUGUUGCAAGGAAGUGUUCAAGUUUUGGUCCUCCAGUGCACAGUGGAGCUGAUACCAGUGAAAGCAAAAGUGAGACUUUAAGGCCCACAGUACAUACAUACAUAUAUGUAGAUGGUGGAUGCAUGUGUUUGAGGAGUGUGUUUAUUCAAGUGUUUGACGUUGAGUUGGCCAAGUGGAUUUCUAUUUUAGCGCCAUUGAAGGGCAGCGUGUGAAGGGCUGUCGCCGUCGCUGUCGCCGUCGCCUCUGUGCUGUGGCAUUAAGUUCUGCUGCAGGCGUUGCAUGCUACUGGCGUUUAGGGAGUGCAACUUGGGCACGCUUUAAAAGGCGGCACGGAACAUUGAGACAUUUUGGUAAAGUGCUUAAAGGUUCUGCUCUGCCUCCUCGCCAUCGCAGACUAGUGCAUUGAGUGAUUGACAAACCAAAGACAGGAAGAAAGAGAGACUCUUGGCAAGUGCACUCUGAUAUUUGGCUUGUGUGCGGGCAGAAGGAAGCAGGCAGGCAGCUGGAUCCGGAAGUUACAGCCAUGUGGAGCAGGCAGCGUAUGCGGCAUAAGCCGCUUUGGGCCCUAAUAUCCUUGACCGUUUUGCUGCUGGUCUUCGAUAAAAGCAAUGCCAACACGGAGACCGAUGAGACCACCAGCACGUCGGAGCCAGAUGCUUCUCCUGGCUGCCGGGCGCCGGAUGUGCGCUUCACGAUUGUCAAGCCGGAUGAGACCACGGAGCAGCCGUAUGCCAAGUUCGAGACGACGCAGGUAUACCUGCCCGAGGACUUCACCACCGCCGAUGUGGAGUUUGUCGACUCGGUGGCCCGCAAUCCCAGCGAGAACCACGCAGCCAUUGUGAAUCCCUACUCCCUGGACCUGGGCGAUGAGCAUCUGCAUGUCGGAGAUGCGGCUGCCAGCCUGGUGGACGACGAAGACGAGCUGGAUGACGAGGAGGAGACGGGCACGGGCACCGAAGAGGGGAAAAAGCGCACGAACAACAACCGCAAGCAGGGAAAGAAGCGUCGCUCCGGCUCCGGGCGACGGCGCCGUAUUGAGAAUGACAAUGGACAGACGGGACGGGGCCGCGGCAGUCGAUACAAGCGGCAUGCCAUUCUCCAUGAUGCGGAUGCCUCGUCGGACACGGAUCGCUGGGCCGGCAGCAAGCUGGCCGCCGAGGGGGAUGUCUACUACGUGCACAUUGCCGACAUCCUGAAGAGCCGCGAGCCGAGUCGGGCGCUGCGCUCCAAGCUUCACAAGCUCAAGCAGAAGGCCAAGAUGCGGAAGUGCCUCGCGGAGGGCAACAAGGAGCAGUGCGCCAAGCUCAAGGCAAAGAAGAAGAACAGGCUGGAGCAACCCUCCCCCUCCACGUCCGAGGCGGAGCAGAAGGUCGAACGGAAGGCGGAACAGCAGCAGCCAGAAGCGGAACGAAGGCAGGAAGAGCAGCAGCAGAAGCAGCAGCAGCCGCAGGAGUUGGAAAUUGUCCAGCCAGAGACCUCUGGCCAUCAUCGCCGACGCGGUGACAGUCACGAUGCAGAGCUCGACCAGCGUGACCUGAAUCCGCGUUGGCGCAGCCGUCGCAGCAUCGAUGCCAAGGGCGAUCUUGGCCAGCUGCAGCUGCAAACGGCGGGGACGGCGGCGGAGCCGGAGGCAGAGGCGGAGGAGAACCAGUCCCAAUAUCGCUACGAGAAUCAGUCGAGCAGUGCAGCAGUGGCCCUGCAACGUGUAAAGCGCAAGUCGGGCAAGACCACGGGUGCACUGAGCCGUCCGAAAGGUGGUGGCGACUCCAGUUCCAAGACCACCAGUCGCAAGGACAAGGGCAUCUACGACGAGGAGGCCGGCUACUCGCCCGUCCAUCCCGACGACACCGAGUUCGACGAGGACGAGGAGGAGGAAGAGGAGGUGGACAUCCUGCAGCAGUUCACCGAGGUGUCCGAGAUCCGAUUCCCGGGCGAGAUUGGGCCCAUGGGCGAUCGUCGGCUCUGCAAGAUACGCUGCGUCAAGGGCAAGUGGGUGGGACCGCUGUGCGCCACCAACGAGGAGGAUGAUAACGGGAAUGUGAAGUUUCAGCCCCUCUACAAGAGCUGCCACGUGAACCGGAUACCGUCGCAUCUGCUGCUCAGCUAUCGGAACAUCUCAGUGACACCGAUACCACCAAAUCGCGGCUGGCGUAAAACGCGCUUAUCCAAAUCGACACUUCUCUCAAAUACAGAAAUUAACGUUGGCUGGGAUCUGCCGCAUGGACACUCGCUGCAGGCCCGCUGCCAGGAACUGGGCAUCUACAAGCUGCUCGGGGAGUCGCGGGUCCUCUGCUCCAACGGGCUGUGGGCCCCCCGUAUGCCCAGCUGCGUCCCCACCACCGUGCUGACCAACUACUCGGAAGACAGUGCCCCGUCCAUCCGCAUCAAGAUCUUCAAUGGCUCCCACUCGUUCGAGCCCUCCGGCGUGAUGGCUGUUCCACCACACAGUACUGUUCUGAUGGACUGCAUGUAUCCCCGGGUGCGGGGAACCCCCGAGUGGAGCUGGACCAGCUGGUACAUGCAGUACUCGACAGGCUGGUCGCCGGCGCAGGAGGAGAAGGCAGUACGCUACCGGCUGAGCAUCAAGAAUAUCGAGAACAACGACUCAGGUACCUUCACCUGCACGUCGCCGCGCGGACUGACGAACAGCAUUGCCGUCGUGGUGGCCACUUCCACGUGCCCGCAGCUGACAGAGCCGCUGGCGCCGCUCAAGCUGCGACUGGAGGGCAACAAGCUCGGCCAGCGAGCUCUUUACGAAUGCCCCGAGGGCUUCCGGCUGGAUGGAGCCUGGAAUGCCACCUGCCUGGCCUCCGGCAAUUGGUCAUCGCCGCCGCCAACAUGCCACUCCAUCCAAUGUCCGCGCCUCGAACUCGACGAUCCCCAUCUCAGUCUCAUUGAACUCAACACCUCGGCAUGGGGGCGCGCGGUGUUCAAAUGCCAGUGGGGUUUCAAGUUGACCGGACCGGCGCAGCUGGACUGUGAGCCGACGGGCGUCUGGAGUGGCCCCGUUCCGCGUUGCAAAGUCAUCCAGUGCGUGAUGCCAGUGGCGCCGCUCAACGGACGCAUCGGUGGCACCAGCCUCAGUCAGCGGCGGCUGACCGUGGGCGCUCUGGUCACAUUCAGCUGCAACGAUGGGCACACCCUGGUGGGCGAGUCGAGCAUCAUUUGCACGGAGAACGGAUUCUGGUCGCACUCGCCGCCAUUUUGCAAGUCGCAGUGUCCGUAUCCCGGCGAUCCGCCCAACGGUCUGAUAGCGCCGCUAAAAUUCAAUUACGAUGCGGGCGACUAUCUGAGCGUCCAGUGCCGCCCCGGCUUUGUCCAGACCAACGAGGACCAUCGGAACACGGGGCCGCCGGAGCGGCCGAAGUGUCAGCCCGAUGGCAAUUGGUCAGGCCCGCUCCCCAAAUGCCGCAGCUACGAGGAGGUGUAAAGAUAGAGCAUCCGACGCCAUUUUAUUGACACUCUUGGAUCGAGUUGGCAGCCCUAAUUUAGUAUUAUGAACACCCAUCCAACGUGAAUUGAAUAAUGAGAAUGUGCUAGAAAAAUUCCAAAUUCAAACAACAUGAAGAAAAACCAGAACGAUAACAUGAACAUCAAGAAACCGAGUGAUAUUUAGAUUAACUUAGUGAGAGGUAUCAAAAUUAGUACGAUAUUUUACUAGAUAUGUUCAUUCCACAGCUAAAUUAUGCUCGUACCUAUAUAUUUUAUUGCAUUCUAUCGUAUAUGCUUUAGUCAGAGCUCUCUCCCCCCGCAACACAGGCCCAGGCCCAGGCCCACACACGAAAAAUGUUCUAGAAUCCACCCGAAUCGCUCUUCAGCAAAAGAUUAGGUUGAUCUCAAGCAAUAUAUAUACAUAUAUAGUAGAUACUCGUAUUUUGUUCUUCAGAUUGUAAAACUUUGAAAAUAUGUAAUAUUCAGUAAUCGUUUCGCUUGAAUUUUAAACAGAAUAAUUCUGGUACUCACACUUGUACUUGUACCAAAUAUAUAAACGAAUACUUAUCCAAAUGCUAAUUACAGGUAUUUAUGUAUUAUGGUUGCAAAUCAAAGUUGCAUAAAUGUAAAUGUUUAAACCAAACACACUUACCCACAGUAAAUAUAUACAUACAUAUACAGGAUAUUAAUUCUUCUAUCAAAAUAAAUGUUGCAAAAGGAAGGAAGCUGCAAAACAGUUAUGAUACAUACAUAAUUAGUUAGGAGAAACGAAAAGUAAAGAAAAGCGAAACGAAACGAAAGAAGCCCCUGCUUCUCGAGGGCAAUUGAAAGUCAUAUCCAUUUAAUAUAUCGAACACACAGAAGGAUAUAUGUAGUACGAGUGUGUAAGCAGCUGCAAUGUAUGUAAGGAGACGAACAUUUUAAAUAAAUUACGAAUACUAUUGUGUAAAAUGCAA